UUCAAAGGCGACUUCUGACCUUGGUUUCCUUUUCGUUCCCAGGGUCACAGGAAACAUGGGUGUCUGGACUUCAGGCACUGAGAUCUUUCUAAGUCUUUGGAGGACUUAUGUGUCUCCAAGAAGCCCUGGAUGGAUGGACUUUCUCCAGCAUUUGGGAGUUUGCUCUUUCGUGGCUCUCAUUUCUGUGGGCCUCCUCUCCGUGGCCUUCUACUGGCUUCUCUCGUCGGUCACAGUAUUCGCCCCAUGCUGGAUUCUCACGAGCAUUCUGCUGUGCAGCUCCAAGCAUGCACGGUGCUUCGUGCUUCUUGCCUUUCUCUCUUGUGGUCUGCGGGAAGGCAGAAAUGCUCUGAUUGCGGCUGGCACGGGGAUAGUGAUCUUUGGACACGUGCAAAAUAUUUUUCACAACUUUAAAGGUCUCCUAGAUAGUAUGUCUUGCAACUUGAGGGCAAAGAGCUUUUCCAUACAUUUCCCACUUCUGGAAAAAUAUAUCGAAGCCAUUCAGUGGAUUUAUAGCCAAGCGGCUUCACUAACUCUAUUUGGUGACCUUGUUUCUUGGAACCAGACACUGGCAGUCUCUCUUUAUGGCACCAAGCAUGCCCUGGAGGCCCAGCUAAAUGACACCAAAGGGCAAGUGCUGAGCGUCUGGUGCCAGGUGAUGACCAUGACAGAGACGUUGUCCUCCCUGGGUCAGAAGCUUCUUUGCUUUGCAGGGCUCUUGCUGCUCCUGCUCAGUACUGGCCUCUUUAUGAAACGAUUUUUGGGCCCCUGUGGUUGUAAAUUUGAGAACAUCUAUAUCACCAGGCAAUUCAUUCGGUUUGAUGAGAAGGAGAGACAUGAACAGAGGCCCUGUGUCCUCCCGCUGAGUAAGAAAGAGAGGAAGAAGUAUGUUGUCGUCCCGUCUUUCUGGCUGACUCAUAAAGAAAGGAAAAACCUGGGGCUGUUUCUCCUCCCUGUUCUCACCCAUCUUUCCAUCUGGGUGCUGUUUGCAGCCACCGAUUAUCUGCUGUAUCGACUGCUCUCCUCAGUGAGCAAACAGUUCCAAAGCUUGCCGGGGCUCCAGGUUCACCUGAGGCUGCACAGAGAGAAGCAAGGAACUCGAUACAUCGUCCACAGCUCUUCCUUCAAUAUAACUGUGUUUGAGCCCAGAUGUGUCCCUAAACCAACGCUCCUUCUGUCUAAGACGUGGGCUACUCUCGGUGUGAUCCUUGCGGCAUUACUGCUUCUUGGACUGUUAUCCUCCAUCCUAAUACAGCUUAAAAUCCUGGUGUCCACAUCCUUCUACCCCAGCGUGGAGAGGGAGCGCAUCCAAUACUUACACGCGAAGCUACUUAGGAAAAGAUCAAAGAGACCACUGGGAGAAGUCAAAAGGAAACUGAGUCUGUACCUUACAAAGGUUCAUUUCUGGUUUCCAGUCCUGAAAAUGAUUAGGAAGAGACAAGAGGUCGUGGCAAGUGAAGACAAUCCAUGAGUGACUUUAAGCUCUCCAGCCCCACGCUUCAGGGAUUCUCCACUGGUCUCCUGGUGGUGGUCACCAUCUCUGCCCAGUUCUAGAGAAGGGUACAGCAGGCCCUCGGCGUGAGUUCGUGUUUGCUCUGCCACCUUACACCUCCUGGGUUUUCCUUCCAACUACUUUGGAUCAUAAAGCCAGAGGGCUACCUGGUAAAGGCUUGUGUGCUCUGGCCUGUGCUGCAGUGGGGCUGGACUAUGACUGGACCCCUUGGGGAUGAAUCCAACAUAGAGUAAUGGUCAAGAAAAAAAAAAUAGAAAUAAAAUUGAAAUCCCUACGAGUCUCACCAGCAAACGCCAAGAACAGAAACAUCCGAGGUUCAAGUCUUCUGUCCACAGCCGUUCCCCAGCUCAUCACGGCCCCUCUUCCCCUGCCCCUCCCUUGUCCAGAAUCUCUUCCAGCAACUCCUGCUUUCUUCUCACCACCUCCUUGCCCAAUGCUCUCCUUGCCUGGGUCUCUGUUUUUUCCCUUUAGCCCAACACUUAUGUCGGGUCGCCUAGGAUCACAGAUGAAGUCUUGAAAUGCUUAUGACAACGCACACCUGGGGCCCCUUUUCACCUUUAACUACACUCAAAAUACAUAGGAGGGAGGAAAACCUCUUCAGAUCUUGAUUUUAUUAUCUUUAAAAUCUCAGAAUGAGGAACAUAAAAUCAGAUUAAAACAAUUAUUUAUUAACUUAUUUGAAAGUCAGACACACACACACACACCAGGACAUAUAUAUAUAUAUAUAUAUAUAUACAUAUAUAUAUACAUAUACAUAUAUACAUAUAUAUAUGUAUGUAUGUAUAUAUCUCCACUGAUUUCACUCCCCAAAUGCCUGCAACAUCCUGGGCUAGCCCAGGCCAAAGUCAGAAGCCAGGAACUCCAUCCAGGUCCCAGACAUGGAUAGUAGGGACCCAGGCAUUUGAGCAGUCAUCUGCUGCCUUCCCAAGUACAUUAACAAGAAGCUGGAUGGAACGUGAAGUAGCCAGGACUUGAACCAGCAGUUUGAUAUGAGAUGCAGACAUCCCAGGCAGUUGCUUAACAACACCACAAUGCCUGGCCUGAUUUUUAAACUUUUUUUUCCAUAUUUAUUUGUAUUUAUUAGAAAGGCAGAGUUACAGAGAGAGAGGGGGAGAGACAGAGAGAGAGAGAGAGAGAGAGAGAGAGAAAGUUUCCAUUCCCUGGUUCACUCCCCAAAUAGCAGGGCUGUGCAACACAGGGCUGUGCCAGGUCAAAAUCAGGAACCAGGAGCUUCAUCCAGGUCUCCCAUGUGGUUGCAGGAGUCCAAGGAUUUGGGCCAUCUUCUGCUGCCUCCCCAGACACAUUGGCAAGGAGUAGCAUCAGAACUGGAGCAGCCAGGUCUCCUAUUGGCACCCAUAUGGGACAGUGGUGUUGCAGGUGGUGGCUUAACCCACUAUACCUCAAUGCUGGCCUCCUAUUUUUUAACUUCUAAUUUUGAAUGUUGAAAAAAUAAUUUUAACUUUUAUUUAAUAAAUAUAAAUUUCCAAAGUACAGCUUUUGGAUUACAGUGGCUUUUCCCCCCCCAUAACUUCCCUCCCACCCGCAACCCUCCCAUCUCCCGCUCCCUCUCCCAUUCCAUUCACAUCAAGAUUCAUUUUCAAUUAUCUUCAUAUACAGAAGAUCAAUUUAGCAUAUAUUAAGUAAAGAUUUCAAUAGUUUGCACCUACACAGAAACACAAAGUGUUAAGUACUGUUUGAGUACUAGUUAUAGCAUUAAUUCACAUUGUACAGCACAUUAAGGACAGAGAUCCUCCAUGAGGAGUAAGUACACAGUGACUCCUGUUGUUGAUUUAACAAUUAACACUCUUGUUUAUAGCAUCAGUAAUCUCCCGAGGCUCUUGUCAUGAGCUGCCAAGGCUAUGGAAGCCUUUUGAGUUCGCCAACUCCGAUCUUAUUUAGACAAGGUCAUAGUCAAAGUGGAAAUUUUUAACCUUAGAAAUAAAUUGCAAAAAGAGAGGAGUUCUCUUUACCCUUCAUCACAUUACCCCCAAAUGUUAACAUCAUAAAUAACCAUAAAAUAAUUAGAAAAUAAUAUUUUUAAAAAUUCUUUUAAAAAUUUUUUGAGAGCGAGAGAGAGCACAAAUGCAUGUGGGAGCAUGCUCUCUUCUACUGGUUUGCCCCUCAAAUGACCAUCAUGACUCUGACUGGGCUGAGGUCAAAUCCAGGAGCCAAGAAUACAUUCCAUGUCUCCCACAUACGUGGCAAGGACCUAACCAUUUCAGCCAUCACCUGCUGUCUCUCAGGGUGUGCAAGAGCAGGAAUCUUGAAUCAGAAAUGGAACCAGGACUUGAACCCAAAUACUCUGAUAUGGGAUGUAGGUGUCCCAACAUGUGACUUAACCACUAAACCAAACACCCAUGUGCAGAAAAUAACACUUACAAAUGAAUAAUUUCUAGAGUUUAUUCAGUGUCUGCUGAAUGACCCAUUCAUAGUCCUUACCUGGUCCUUGACUCAAGCCAGCACCCAAUAUUGCACUUUGUUGUCAUGUUUCCUUAGUCUGGGCUUCCCAGCGACAGUUCCUCAGACUCACUUUUACUUUCAUGACCUUGACAGUGCCAGGCAACUGGCGAAGUAUUUUGCAGAAUGUCCUUCAGUUUGAGUUUGAUGUUUCCUCACAGUUGAACCCAGGUGGCACUUGUGGAGUGAGAACUGUGUGGGGCGGGGCUAUGCCCUCCUCACGCAUCCCAGCAGGAGGCACGUGGUGCCCACCAGACUCCUUGAUGGUACAGUGACUUUGAUCGCUGGGUUAAAGGAGUAGGUGCCAGAUUCUUCACUGUAAAGUUACUAUUUUUCCCUUUGUAAUUAAUAAGUACCUUGUGGGAGAUACUUGGAGAUCGUGCAAACAUCCUGCCUCUAAGCAUACUCUUACCCUCUAAUUUUAACAUCAGUGGAUGCAAAAAUUGUUACUGUGUUUGGACAAAUAGUUAUUUUCUAUUUUCCUAAAUUCUUGUACAUGUCCCAGUUGGAAUUCCACUACAAGGAACAGCUAUUCUCCAGAGGAAUUUGUUCUUUCUUUCUUUCUUUCUUUCUUUCUUUCUUUCUUUCUUUCUUUCUUUCUUUCUUUUGCUUUCUCUCUCUCUCUCUUUCUGUUGAAGAAAGAACUUUGGUUUAUGCACCAGGGUAGGCAUUUGGCACACACUACCUCAUUUAUGCUCCACUGAACUUGAGAGGUAGUUAUGAUUACUAUUAUUUCUAAUAUUUAUUAAAUUAUUUAUAAUAGAUUUCUAAUAUUACUAAUAUUUUCAUACUAUAUAUCAGGUAACGUCAGGGAAGUAAGGAAAGUACCCCUGGAGAUAAAUGGCAGGAGGAAGACUGGGAUUUGUGCAGACUUCAAGUGACUCUGAAUGACUUCAUUUGUAGAAGAUUUAAAACUAAUUUUUUAAAUUUAUUUGAAAGGCAGAGAGACAGACAAAGAGAUCUCUCAUUUGAUGGUUCACUCCUGUAGAUGAUUGCAAAUAACCAGGGCUGGGCCAGGCCAAAGCCAGGAGCCAGAAACUUAUGUCGAAGUUUUGGCAGGUUCUUCCAUCGCUUUCUCCUAAUGCCGACUGGGGAAGCCGUAGAGUCACCUCAGCACAUUUAUGACGUAAGCGACCUCCACACUCAGAGGGAACUCAAAAUACAGCCAGCGCUUCCUAGGUCUUGGAGCCUGAGGGACACCCAGUCAGUACUUGUUGGUGCUUUCAAAGAAAGGGACAGGGCACAGCCAGAGGCUCCCUGCCACCUGCCUGGGGCAGUUUCUGACCACACCACCCACCGACUGCUCUGCCCUGAUGCAGUGUCUGCCUCCCGAUGUCCUCCUAACUCUUGCACAACUCUGCAAGGCAGCGAUGUCAGAUAAGUGGGCCAAAAAGAUGAUCAUUGUGUAUCGACCCCUGGCUUGUUGACUCCUUUACUACAAUUUGAGAUCCAUUAACUCAAAACCCUGCCCGCAAACACCAAAAUGAAUGUGUACUCAUUCGAUUACUUUAAACAUAGUACAAACAAGCAGUAUUUUAGCCAUCUAGAGCCUCCUGCUUUUGCAUAUCCCUCAAAACCUCCCUCACAUCUGCUAGCAAUAGACCAGAUAGAGCCUUGUGGUUGGAAGACCUCACCCAGCGCAGCCCCUCCGGGCUCUCGGCCGCAUGCACUCCCAGCCUGACUGCCUUCAUCUCAGCACCCAGUGUUCCCAGGCUCCUCCCCCAACAGAAUCCCCUGGGCCUCCCCUUCUUCUGGAUGGUGCCUCCUAGUUGCCCGUGGGUGGUCUCGUGCUGUUGGACUUCCCCUCUCCUGCACCCUUGUUGAAGAGCUGCCUAAUAAAGUUGUUUCCU